CAUUGUAGGGACGACAACAACAAGCCCCGCGCCAUGGAUCCGUGCCGCUUUUGUGGCUCCUUUGAUUUGGUGCACAAUGAUGCGAGGGGAGAUACCGUCUGUGGCAACUGUGGCGAGCUUCUGGAAGAUCGAACCAUGGUCACCGAGGCCACUUUUAUCACCAACUCCAAAGGGGCAAAAGCCCUGGCUGGAGCGACGGUGGAUUUCACGACGGGGCUGUUUCAAGGUCCCAGUAGCCAUGAAGUUGCUCUGACUCGUGGUCUCUCAAAGAUCGGUCACCUGGCCGACCGCUUGCAGUUGCCAGCACAAAUCCAGGAAGCUGGACGUCGGAUGUACCAGCUGGCUGUACAACUGAAUUUCAACGCUGGGCUGCAGCAGCGCUAUGUCACGGCCGCAUGUCUCUAUGUGGUUUGCAGGAGAAAUCGCUCCCCGCAAAUGUUGAUCGACUUCUCAGAUGUCUUGCAGACUCCGGUGAAGACCAUCGGCCGCGUGUACAUGAAGUUGAUGCGACGCUUAGUAGGGGGCGAUGCAGCCCAUCAACAGCUGGGCAACACGGCAGUGGAAGUGCCUUUGGUGGACCCCUCCAUCUUCAUCGAACGCUUCGCCCGGCGCUUGACCUUGGGUGGCAUGCAACGGAAGGUUCAGAACACGGCAAUGAGGUUGAUCCAGUUUAUGCAUCGUGAUUGGAUCUGCAUUGGCCGCCGGCCCAACGGCCUCUGCGGCGCCGCCUUGCUGAUUGCAUCGUUCUACCACGGCUUUCGGUGCUCGCCCAAGGAGAUUGCAGAAGUGGUACGCAUGUCUGAGGCGACGCUCCUGACACGUUUGCGGGAGUUGAAAGACACUCCCAUGGCGAGACUUAGUCGGGACGAGUUCGACAAGGAGAAGCCAGAACUACUUCUGGGCGAGGAGCAUCAGACCUUGCCCCCAUGCUUGAAGCUCUCCAGGGCCAUGAAGCAGGCAGCGCUGGAAGGACCCGACCAGGCGGCGCUGGAAGGACCUUCCGAGGUUUCUGCGCUACGAGCGCUGCAGGAUGGGGCAGAUCCAGCGAAGUCAACCAGACAGGCUGAUACGGAUAUGCCUCCGCCGCCCGUGCCUGUGAAGAGGAAACGAGACGAGGACGAGCAGAUGAAAAAAGCUGAAAGGUACACCACCCGGCGACCCACGGAAGACGACGUGCAGAGCAUCGCCAAGGACAUUGCGUCUCACCAUGGCAUCGAGCCCAUCUUGGAGGGUGUGGAAGAUCCAGACACCCAAGCGAGGCUGAAGCGUCUGACGGAAGGCAAACCCGACUUCGCAGAGGACGCCGUUACCGACGGCGCCGAAAAGGCAGCUGGAUGCAAGGCGGGCGACGGUGAAAAGGAUCAGGAGGACGGUGGUGAGUCCUUGAGCGACGUGGACGACGAAGAGUUGGAAGGUUAUCUUCUGGAUGCUGAGGAGAAACAGAACAAGUCUGACAUUUGGCACGAGGUGAACAAAGAUUACCUCGAGGAGUGGCAUUUGCGCAGCUUGGAGGUCUGGAUUUCUGGAUGCCCCAGAUACGGAUGGAUAAGAGAUCCCCAACUGAACUUCCAAUUUGUCUCCAACGAUUCGCACCGAUCGCCGCGCCAGCAAAAGCGAAAGAAGAUGCGCGAGCACGUCAAUGCAGAGCAGAAAGCAAACCAAGCGGGGCCCGCCGGAUCCGAGGGAUACCCAUCUCAUCAGGACUCGGCAAGUGAGACCAAUGGCAGUAGCAGGCGCGCCCCUGCGAGUUCCAGGAGGCGAAAGACCUCUGUGUCCAGUUGCACUCAGUCCGCCUUGAUGGGUUUGGCCAAGAAGGGCAAGGUUGCGGGCAAUCGCAUCAACCUGGAAGCUUUGGAGAGUUUAUUCUCAUAGGAAGUCGACAUGGCCAGGAGAGCAGCCGCCUUUGAUAAAUUUUGCUGGUGC